AUGAAUCAUCUUUGCAUUCAUUCCCUUUUCCUGGCCUUAAUGGUGCUGCUGUUUUUACCUAUGAAUGACGGCAUUAAAAUGACUCCACGACCAAAGUACACCAAAAAGCCUCCUCGAGACCUGGUCCAGCCGACAACAACAGUUGGAAAACUCACAGUCACGGCAAAGCAUGUGGACUACAGCAAGCCAAAACAGCGUGUCACGGAGAGUAUUACCGUCCCUGCUAAUGGGUAUGUGGACUACCACACGAGCACCACUGUGCCACCCAACAGCGUGCAGGACAACUACACUCUGGACUAUAGUGAAUGUUACCUUAAUGUCUGCGAGUGCUGCCCUCCAGAACAAGGACCUCCUGGACCAAAAGGAGACAUGGGGCUUUCAGGACCAUCUGGGCAAAAGGGGAACACUGGACUCAAAGGUGCCCCAGGACCAUUAGGUCCUACUGGAAUGCCUGGAUUGAAGGGAGACAAAGGAGAAAAAGGUGAGAAAGGAAACACUGGGUUUGCAGGAUCUCCGGGAAUCACGGGAAAAGCUGGAAUGAAAGGUGACACUGGCCUCAAAGGUGAAAAAGGUGCGGGUGGCCUCCCAGGAUUCAAAGGUGCAAAAGGAGAGAAAGGAGAACCUAGUGAGAACGCAACUAAAGGCGACAAAGGUGAGCCGGGCAAAGAAGGACCACUGGGACCACCAGGUGGGAUUGGAGAGAAGGGUGAGAAGGGUGAUAGGGGAGAAUGUGGCCUGUUAGGAGAAAGGGGACAGAAAGGAGAGCCAGGCGAACCAGGACCUCCGGGUGCGAGGGGCGACCCAGGUCCUUCGGGAUUGCACGGAAUGCAUGGGAACCCCGGCAUUCCUGGAGAACGAGGUGACCCUGGAAACAAUGGAAACAAGGGGGAGCCGGGAUCACAAGGGCCUCAGGGUCCUCAAAGUCUCAGAGGAUUAAGGGGACCGAAAGGGGACAGGGGUCUUCCGGGAAAACGUGGUGACCGUGGGCUUCAAGGUGUGAAAGGGACGGCGGGAGAUGCCCUGGGCAGACUGCGCUCUGCUUUCAGCGUGGGUCUCAGCCCCAGCAAGUCCUUUCCACCGUCAGGCUUCCCAGUGCGCUUCGAUAAGAUCUUUUACAAUGAAGAAAAUCAUUAUGAUGUCGUCGCUAACAAGUUCAACUGUACUUACCCGGGGGCUUACGUCUUCUCCUAUCAAAUCACCGUCAGGAACAAGCCUUUGCGUGCAGCCCUGGUGGUCAACGGGGUGCGCAAACUGCGCUCACGAGACACCGUCCAGGGCCAGGAUAUAGACCAGGCUUCCAACCUGGUGCUCCUGAGACUUGCCGCUGGAGACCAGGUGUGGGUGGAGACCAUGAGGGAUUGGAACGGUGCUUAUGCCAGCAGUGAGGAUGAUAGCAUCUUUUCAGGGUUUCUGCUCUAUCCUGACUGA